AUGGCGUUGAGGCGCGGAAAGGAUCGCGUUUCGGCCACAGGCUCCGAAGAGCUACAAUUGUGGUAUGCGGUGCGGCAAAACCUGCGCACACUCGAAAAGAUUCGCAUCGCCUCGGUAGACAAGGCAGUAUCUGCAGAGGCUCUGCGGACCGACAUUGUCUCGCUGCUGGAGCAUGGGGACAGGGGAGAUGAGUACCGCACCAAGAGACGCAAACUUGACGAUGUAUGUCACGAUCUCACCAGCCGAACCAAGGACGAGCUUGCUGCCAUCGAGUCGGCACAAGAAAAACUCGGCAUCCUUGUAGCCCUUCGCAGCUCAGCCGAUGGCGGCAGCUCACGAAGCUCUACGCCGCGCAAGGACCUAGCGUCCAAAGUGAGGGCUGGAAGCGCUGGAACACCAACACCAUCAGGCAGGCGAUCCAACGGUCCGCUUGGUCCCUCGAACCUUGGCUCAUCGUCCAGCACAGGCUCCAGUUCCACAAACCGUGGAAGACGCGAGACGCUCACAGCGCAACACCCGCUCAGUCAAGGUCGCAAAGUCGCCGUGCUACCCAGCAAGACCAACGAAGAGUCCGACUGGCUCAAAGCAUCCGUCCUCUCUUACGCAAAGUCGACCAACGAAUACACCGUGCAGGAUGACGACGAGCCAGGCCCGGAAGGAACGUACAAGGUUGGCAUGGACAACAUCAUCCCUCUGCCCAUCAGCUUGCAGACUAUGCCCGCAUCCGACUAUCCCGUGGGAUCGCGCGUCCUCGGCAUGUACCCAGACACAAGCUGCUUCUACGGCGCCACCGUCAAGUCCGGUGGUCCGGGUCUCACAAGGAACGCCAAUCUCGCAAAGCUGAUGAAGAAGGAGGCAGAACUGCUCGAGGCCAAAUACAACCUCGAAUUCGACGACGACAAUGGCGAGAUACGUCAAGUACCAGCGUGGCUUGUCGUCCAAAGCCCGGGCAUGUAG